GGGAUGUUUCAAGAAAAGAUUUCGUCAGAAUAUUCUACUUCACCUACCUACUGUUUGUAGUUUUCUACCAACAAUAACUGGCUUACAGAUAUCUUGGAUUUAUUUAGGCAAAGUGAUACUCUGUGCACGGAAGCGACUGCGGGUUGCCCUUAGGAAUACUCUGGAUUACUUAUAAGUCUAACCAAACCUAUGGCGUGAAGGGUCACCCCCCUCUGCCAUCUCUCUGACCGCUCAUGGACGUCCUCUUCGAGUUCGACUACAACGAGAGCGCGGUCGAGAAUGGAACCGGCGGCGGCACCAACGGCACGGCGGGCGCGGCGCGGCAGGAGUACAACUACUACGCCAUGCUGCUCACGCUGCUCAUCUUCGUCAUCGUCUUCGGCAACGUGCUGGUGUGCAUGGCCGUGUCGCGCGAGAAGGCCCUGCAGACCACCACCAACUACCUGAUCGUCAGCCUCGCCGUCGCCGACCUGCUCGUGGCCACUCUCGUCAUGCCCUGGGUCGUCUAUCUCGAGGUGGUGGGCGAGUGGCGCUUCAGUAAGAUCCACUGCGACAUCUUUGUCACGCUGGACGUCAUGAUGUGCACGGCCAGCAUCCUCAAUCUGUGUGCCAUCAGUAUCGACAGGUACACGGCGGUGGCCAUGCCCAUGCUGUACAACACGCGCUACAGCUCCAGGAGGAGGGUCACUAUCAUGAUCUCCGUGGUGUGGGUGCUCUCCUUCGCCAUCUCAUGCCCCCUGCUCUUCGGCCUCAACAGCACAGCUACGCGGGACGAGACGCUGUGUGUGCUCGCCAACCCGGCGUUCGUGGUCUACUCGUCCAUCGUGUCCUUCUACGUGCCGUUCAUCAUCACGCUGCUGGUGUACGUGCAGAUCUACGUGGUGCUCCGCAAGCGCCGGAAACGGGUCAACACCAAGCGCUCCGCCCACGGCCUGGACGCACACCGAGGGACCGCGCUGAAGAAGUGCACCCAGCCAGAAGACGUGAAGCUGUGCACGGUCAUCGUCAAAUCCACAGGAAGCUUCCCCGUCAACAACAAGAAUGUGAUCCUGAUUAAGGAGGUGGUGCAUCAGAAGGAGAGCGAUGUGCAGCUGGGGGAGGUGCAGCACAGCCACGCCAGGAGACCAGAGGGGGCGGAGAACCCCGACGCCGCCGGCAGCAGCUCCUCCUCCCCGGCCGAGGGCUCCCAGAAGGCCCAGCGCAACGGGACCACCCCUGGGGAACCCCACGCCGGAGCGGCCAACGGAGGGGACCCCAACGACGGGGAACCCCAUGCACCGCAGGCCCUCCAGACGCAUGCCCUGCCCAACGGCAAGACCCAGACGUCCCUGCAGAGCAGCAGCAAGAGGAAGAUCUCCCAGCAGAAGGAGAAGAAGGCCACCCAGAUGCUGGCCAUCGUCUUAGGCGUAUUCAUUGUCUGCUGGCUGCCUUUCUUCAUCACACACAUCCUGAACACCCACUGCGAGGUCCCGAUGGGGCUGUAUACGGCAUUCACGUGGCUGGGCUACGUCAACAGUGCAGUCAACCCCAUCAUCUACACCACCUUCAACGUGGAGUUCAGGAAAGCCUUCAUCAAGAUCCUGCACUGCUGA